CACGUGAUGGUUGGUUCCUGUCGUGGCAACGCCACUGGCAGCAUCCGCGCCAUCCUUGAUCCAUGGCAAAUCGAUUCUUGUCUGUUCUGAGAUCCUCCGUGCAAACAAAAAGGAGUGUUUUUUGUCGCGACCAUCGCCCCACCGCUGCAGCGUCUCUUGCGUGAUCUCUGUGAGUGUGUCGGGAUGUCUUGUCCCAAAGUCCGUACUCCAUUGGGUGUACAUUGGGUGAGAUUCCUCUGGUCGUUCUGGUCGUUCGUGCUCGCUGCCGGCGGCAGGAGCAGCAUCGGUGUGGUGGGCCGCGCUUGCGAGUCGGUGCGAGAGGCCAAACCUGCGGCAGAGGGACACGAAAUAAGAUUCCUCGGCGGAAUAGGAGAGCUCGAAUUCCGCAAAAUAGUCGUGCGCGGCGAACCAGGCCCCCGCGGCUCUGUCCAGAACCAUCCACGUCUCGACGAUCGAAAAGUCGGAGAGGGCAAGAUCGAGACGGUGCGGAGGUGUUUCGUGGCCCGUCGUCGUCCUUGCGCGGUCUGUGGUUUGUUCCCCUCGUGGUCCUUUCCCUCUCGAGCCUUCCUCGGGCUCGCGCUCGCGUUCGUAUCGAGGCCGCAAUCGCCUGUACCGGUCGAUCCUUUCGGUGGGCGAUGGUUGGCCCGGAAGAAGUUCCUGAAAGACGCUAAGGGUUUGCCUGUUUCCGUUGUCGUCGAUGCCGUUGUAUCCGGGACCCGACACGAUGCGGAGCAACGUUUUGGGAUCCACCAGAGGGACGCUGUUUUCGCUGACCAAAAAGUACCGAUCGGCUCCGCGAAAUUCUGGAUGGUACACGACAUAGCGCAGCAAAUAGACGAUCGCCUUGAGGAGCGACGCGGACCCCCAUUGUGUGCCGAGCACCAUGUUACCGGGAAUGGCAAAAAUGCGACGAUUGGCCAAAGCAUGGAGGACAUUGGUCCCUAUAUUGGUACCCAUGGGGCAGAGUGGUCCGUCUCCGAUGCUGUUGGAUUUAUCGUGGAGGAACAAGUGGACAUCGACAUCCUGCUCGGCCGCCAGACCAAGGAAACGACACCAGAUAUCGGAUCGCACCCCGAGGCCGUCCACGGACAGCAUCAGCAGGGCUAUGUUCUUUCUGCCGCCACUCCUGCUCUCCGGCAAAUCGUCACCGCCCAUCAACAAGGACUCUUGACGCCUGGAUAUGGUGUACCUCACCCAUGUGUUGACGGUGUUGGGAUCCAAUGAGUCCUGAUGGAAGACGUUUAUCCCGAUCCUCCCGUCGUCCGAAAACUCCGUGGAAAGAAGCCUAAACGUCUUCGUCGAUUCCAUGUGCUCGAGGACGUGUGGACCGACGAGUGCCCGGCAAAAGCCGGGUUCCCUUCCGCAGUCCACGCGGCUCAUGAGAAAGGGUUGGGACUCGGGGGCACGCGUUGCUAGCAGGUCCCAAAACUCCUCAAAGCUCUCGCGUUCGUCCAGGGGCAUGCUUUUGGGCACCAGCUGGAGAAGGUAUUUCCCGGGCACCGGCAGAUUGUCGAAGGCUUCCCGUGUCAGACGGGGAACGGGCGGAGCGGCUUCGAAGUGGCCUCGAGCCGCGGUUCCUUCCGGGUGUCCCGGUUCCGCCUCUGCUUCACUGCGUCCCGAGAGGAUGGGUUGCGCAAGGGCAGCAGCGAGGAGUGCCAGCGCACGGACGAACGAAAGGACGCCAUGGUGUUGCAUUGUACUACUACUCUAUUGUUUGGUUCGGGUUUGUUUCGUUGAUCUACAAGCAUGGGUAAGAGUACGAGUACUCGUAGUGGCACGAGCUACUUGUGUUGGCCAUUGUAUAUCCAAAUUUCCCGAUGCGUCGAAUAGGUGUUGUCGGUUGUCAGUGUACGAGAGACCCCUGGUAGCAAGUACCUUGUACCGUACGUACCUACUGAAAUCAGUGAUGACAAUCGUUGACUGAAAGCGGUUCGAGUUCAGAACAAAAGAAUGAUUAUGAAUUUGAGGUACAGUACCAGUUACUGUACUAUGAAUGGAUUUACGUACCGGUACUCGUACGCACAUACGAGUACGAACUAAGAAUACCUUUCGCCCUACCGUAGCGUUCGUACCAUGUAGUUAGUAGUUACCGUAUGUAAAAUAUGUGCAGUUGUACCGUGCCAGUUCUCUAUUCAGCGAGGUCACUAUUACUAAUUGUGAUUCCUUUUCUACGGACGUGAAUCAAGCAGAUCUCCGACUCCUUUGACUAGAAGUAAACAUUUUGGCAGCCCUCAAAAUGACUAAUAAGCUCACUCUUUACAAUAUUGUAAACCACGUAUUAAAACAUAUUACAGAUCUUUUGACUUGAAAAAUUGUACCUAACUACAUACUAAUGCUCAUACGGUACUCCUGCUUAUGCCCCUUCCGGUUUCCUUUGACACGGCAGCAUAAACAUAAAAAUGAGAAUUGCGAAUUGCUGCGAAUGUGUAAACCUGCGAAUGUGUACAUGCUCUUUAGUGUGGUAUAACUACGUGUUUACAAUAAAGAGUGAGUUGAGUGUUGAGUGUAUGCGCUGUUUGCUGUCACUCACUAUUCACUCGUGAUUUACUACGUGGUAUAGUCUCACAAUUGCUACCCAUCCGAGUCCACCCUUCAUGGAUUCAAUAUUGCUGACUCUGAUUACAGAUUCACGACAGUCGAGUGCCAAAAGCAUGACAGCCUCACUGCUCUCGGUGUUUCUGCUGCUACUUCCACUCGUGUCUCUGCUACAGAAAGCACAGCAAUCGUGCACGUUAUCAAACGCAACAUGAACAAGGACGGCGAUUCAGCUGUAGCAACAUCGACAUCGACAUCGACAUCGACAUCGACAUCUCUCGUCUACGACAGGGAAUAUUACAAGAAAUACAAGGACGGCCCAGACUCGGUCGAGACAUUCAUUUCCGAGGAACUCCUGAAGCUAUCGCUCAAAGACCGGAACGCCAUACACGAGGAGGCACAUGGCGUCCGGUGCCUCGCUCCGGAAGAAAACCAGGCCUUCCUGGACCGAGCACUGAAGCAACUGGCGUUGGAGCUCGACCACCGGCUACCGGUGGCCAGAAAGGAGGCAUACCUGCAGAGCCAGCAGCAGGCCCUUACCUACGUCAACACCCGCGAUUUUCGCCUGCGUUUUCUCAGGGCGGAACUCUUCGAUGCGCGCAAAGCGGCCCUCCGGCUUGCCCUCUUUCUGGAAUUUGCGCUGGAGUGCUUCGGUCCUUGCGCCCUGGUGCGCCCUUUCCGCCUCAGCGACUUCACGGCGUCCGAGCUUCGGACGGUGCGGAAGGGGCUGGCGCAGUUUCUGCCGUUUCGGGACCGCUAUGGCCGCCGUGUGCUCGUGCUACUGGCGGGCAAGCAAAUGGAGGAGCUGUCGGAAUUCAUCAGGGUACGUGCGUCGCAAAGGCCGUCGUGUGUGCAACGGUGUGUUGCGCUUGCGCUUGCGCUUGUGGUUCUGGUUCGGUCGGCGUGAAACAACGGACGACGACCGAUCCGUCUCAUCUGUACAUUGUUCAUUUUUCGUUCCUUCCCUUCUUGGACAUUCACAUUAUCCACGUCGAACCGCGUUCAAACUCUGUUCGGUGUGCCGCGUCCGUGCCAGAUAAAAACACUCUUGUACUUUGCGUACGUUGCCAGCAACGACGACGCCGAUCUCCAGCGAAAGGGAUUCGUAGGGAUUUUGUGGUUUCUGGACUUUUCCUUCGAAUUGAAGUCCGCUCCGGAGAGGAACAGGGUGAAUAUUCUCGACAUCAUGCCACUCCGCAUAAGCGCCAUUCACAUAUGCACCCCCGACACGCCCUUUUUUCGUUUUGUGCGGGGUAUGUGGGCCGUCGCCUUCGGCAGGGAGAGGAUUUCGCGGAUAAGGUUUCACAUCGGUGCGUGGGUGUAGGCGCGUUGGUUUGUGAUGCGUUGCGUUGCGUUUUGCAGUGUCGUAUAGAAUUGCACUUGUAUGGAUUGCGCAACGAGCGUCGCAUUCUGGUACGACGCGUUUUAGUAUUGGAUUGGAUUGGAUUGGAUCUGAUUCGUGUCGUCCCGUUCUCGUCGUGUUCACAAUCGACGGACGAAACAUUUUGUUUUCUGCGAUCGACGCAUUUCGGUUCUUGGCUUUUGGUUCGGCAGGCGAGUCGGUGGAGCUGCGCUACGCCCUCGAGUCGCACGGGAUCGGCACGGAUCAGAUGCCAAUCACCUGGAGCGGCAGCGUUAAGUUACAGCACACGAAACAAUGGAUGAGGAUUCUCCAACUCCUGGAAGAGGGCGGAAUGGGUACCGGCACCAUUGUGGAAUGCCCGGGGCUCACCGACGUUGUUUUCCGCAAGGGGACUGCGGCCAAGCACCACCCGGGGAACGCCCUGUUCCGCAGUCGCAUCCAGGCUCUGUACGAAGAGUCGGAGGCCUUCACCACGGCCCGCGCCACCCGAACGAUAGUGACGAAAAUCCGGGACGAAACGAGACAGGCGGGGGGGCGGUUUCUGGUGUGGCAGCAGCUACUCGGGAACAACCAGGAUUGCUGGUGGACCGAACUCCGGGACGCAGACAAGAUUUACGAGAAGAUCGAACACCUCGUGCGAGAAUUCAAGUAUUCGAAAGCCAAACACCAAGUCAUCAAUCGCGGAGGUGACAAAACACUUCGUCCUUCUUCCGCUGUUGCGGCCACCGCCAACGAUAAAACAAGUCAACGGUACAGCGACAGCAGCACGGAUCUGUUUUUGCAAUCCGGAUCGUCGGAUCUUUGUACCUUUGACUGCUGCUCUCCCAACAAUUCUUCGCGGGGGCGGAAACGAGGCCUCGACGAAUACAGCAACAGCAACAGUUCAUAACGCGACAAUUUGGUUGCCAUUUAUGAUCCGGGUUGAACGUGAAACGAUUGCAUCCGUUUUCUUUUUCCAUUCGGGGCUACACCGCACGAAACUCUUGUUUCGUUUGGUACCGGAACAACUACGGGUUCUGGAUUGCUUCUCGCGUUGUGUUUGAAUGCACAUGUUUGUUUGGAUAGAUAGGAUUGCAGUUUUAUCGGUCGUCACGCAGCUUCUAGUAGAUCGUUUCUAGGUGCACCGCAAUCGUGCUGUAGGAUACGCAUAGUAAGGAAAGCGCGUUUUUUGAGGUUCCGGCUCCUGUUUCUGUUGCGUGAAAUAAAAAUGCUUAGUUGCA